AUGUUAAGGCAUGGUCACCAUUAUUAACUUCAAAUAAUUUAUUUUAUAUUAUUACAGAAUCAUUAAAUUUAUAUGUAGAAUUGAAUUCUAAAUAACAAAUUUUACCUCAAUUAUAAUCAAAACAAAAUCUUCAUAAAAUCUUACAUAGAAGACACUUUAAAUUAAUUAAGCAGUAUAAAACUUAAAGUUAAAGUAAUAGAAAUUCAAUAUUAUAAAAAAAAAAAAAUGAUGGACUCUUUUAACAGAAGGAAGCUUUAGUUGACAUCUUUGCUUAAGUCAAAGAUGGAAAUGAACAAAUUUUUGGUUUCAUAUUAAAAACUUUUCGAAAAGAAAAAGUUUAAGACUGCAUUGGAUAUCUUUCAGAUAAUGGAAAUCAAAAACAGUUAGAAUAAUAAUUCUUACAAAAAUUUAAUUUGGCAUUAGUUGAGAUGGAAUAGAAAUUGUAUAAUUUUAGAAAUUAAAUGAAAUAAAUUACUGAUGGCUUAAAAAAAAUAAAAAAUCAUGACUUCAAUAAAAAAGACUAUUCUGAUGAAAAAAUUUAUUAAUCUAUAAGGUAACUAAUUACAAUCAUGAUGAUAGAAUUUUUGUUAUUUUUAGUUCAUCUCACAUCCAUAGAUAAUUCUUUAAUAAAAUGCGGGUCUAAUUCCUUACAUUUAUUAGUUUAGAUGAAUGUAGAUCUUAGUUAAAAAAAUUUUGAAAAUAUUAAGAUUUCAAACACUUCUUUAGUUCGAGCCAAUUUUGUUAGGUGCGAUUUAAGUGGAUCUGAAUUUGAUAAUGUAAAUAUUAGCGGAAUAAAUUUAAAUUGUGCAAAACUAUUUCAUUGUAAAUGGUAAAAUAUAAGAGUUGAUUAAUUGCAUCAUUUGAAGGGCCAUCUUUCUUAGGUCAAAUAAUUAUCCUUUUCACCAAAUGGAACUAGUUAGUAUCUUGUGAUAGAGACACAUCUAUUCGUAUAUGGGAUAUUAAGAGAGGAAAAACAUUAUCUUUAUUUUAUAGUAGUAGGAUAACUUCUGUUUGCUUUUCACCAAAUAGUUCAAACUUAGCAACAUAUGGAGAUUAUAUCAAUAUAUGGGAUACAAAAAGAGGAAAAAUAUUAUCUAAAUUGAAUUAUAAUGGUUAAGUAAUAUGCUAUUCACCAAACGGUACUACCUUAGCAUUUAAUUAUAUUAAAUUAAUUAUUAUUUGGGAUGUUGAAAGAAGAUAACAAAAAUUUGAAUUGUGUGGCCAUGAUCGUUAUGUUUAAUCAGUAUGCUUUUCUCCAGAAGGUACUACUUUAGCAUCUGGUGGUGAAGAUAGAAUGAUUUAUUUAUGGGAUGUUAAAACUGGAAAGAAAAAAUUUAAAUUAAGAUGUGAUGAAGGAGAAAUCGCAUCCUUAUGCUUCUCUCUAGAUGGUACUAUAUUAGUUUCAGGUUCUUAUAGUAUCCUUAUGUGGAAUAUCAAAACAAGAAAAAAUUUUUUUUCAUUAAAGGGUCAUGGUAAUUAUGUGAAGUCCUUAUGCUUUUCUCCUGAUCGUACGACAUUAGCAUCUGGUGGUGAUGAAGUUUUUAUGUGUUUAUGGGAGGUUAAAACAGGAUAAAUAAAAGCACAAUUAUAUUGCAAUAAUUCAAUCAACUCAAUUUGCUAUUCUCCUGAUGGUAGUAAAUUAUCAUUAAAUGGUGUGGAUAGUUCCAUCCUAUUAUACGACUCUAAAGCAAUUGAAAAUAAUACCCAAUUAAAUUAUUAUUGUGGCGUUUUCAUCUAAUUUUUUCCAGAUAGCAAGACAUUGAUGUCUUAUGAUUGA